AUAACUAGAAAUCCAUUAUUUAGAAACAAGUUCAAUGUUAGGUUAAAAGUAUAGAAGAAAAACCAAUACUUGGUCAUAAAAUAUCGUUUUUAACGCUAAUCAUUACUCAUUGUAAUACAAGAACGACUUUAAUAUAAAUAUGAGUUUUCUAAACAAAUUAGUUUUCAGAAAUAUUAAACGUAUCUUCUAUCCUAAACAAUGUGAAAAAAUAUUUUCUUUCCAUGUACUCCACAGGUCAGUGAAUAACCAGGCGAAAUUAUCUCACAAAAUAGGGUUUAUCGGUGAUGGAGCUAUGGCCAAAGCGAUUUGUAAAAGUUUAAAGCAAAAGGGUUUAAUAGACUAUUCCCAAGUAUUUGUUUCCAGUCCUUAUCCGAAAAAUUUGGACUCCUGGAAAGCACUAGGGGCUAGUGUACACACGGAGAAUGCCAUUGUAGCCAACAAAGCAGAUAUAAUAUUUUUAGCUGUCAAACCCCAUAUUCUUCCUGGAGCCAUAAAAUCAAUCUCCGAUGUUGUCUACAGUGCUGAAAUUAAAAAUAAAUUGUUCAUAUCGAUUUUGGCGGGAAUUACAAUAGCCGAUUUAGAACAGAUGCUCUCCAAAUUUACCGGAAGUAGAGUUGUAAGGGUGAUGCCGAAUACGCCAAUGUUAGCUGGUGAAGGAUGCACAGUUUACUGUCCCGGUACAACGGCCACAGAAGAGGACAUAAUGUUAGUCCAGAAACUUCUAGAAGUUACAGGCAUGUGCCAGGCAUUACCCGAACAUAUGAUUAAUGCAGUGGGUGCGGUUUCAGCCAGUGGGCCAGCUUUUGUUUAUUUGUUUAUCGAGGCCCUGUCGGAUGGUGGCGUUCGAAUGGGUCUCCAUCGAGACAUGGCUACGAGGUUUGCCGCCCAAACCGUUAUGGGCGCGGCAAAAAUGGUCUUGGAAACGAAUAAACACAUGGGCACGUUAAAAGACGAAGUAUGCUCGGCUGGUGGCCAAACAAUUGCUGGUAUCCACGCAUUGGAAAGAGGUGGCGUAAGAGGAGCAGUGAUGGAUGCAAUCGAAGCCGCCGCACUGAAAGCUGUUGAACUUGGAAAACUUCAGAAAAAAUAAUCUCAUAGGUAUCUUAAUAUUGUAAGUUUUUUAUUUAAUUUUUAGAUAUAUACAAAAUUAUAACUUUAAGUAAAUAAAUAAAAAUUGCUGUAAGAACA